UGGUGUGUCUGAAGAUAGCUACAGUGUACUCAUACACAUAAAAUAAAUUAAUAAAUCUUUAAAAAUCACUACCAGAAGUUGCACCGAUAACGGACGGAUAUUUGCUUCAGACUUGAUGUAACAUGAUCUCAUUUAAUCCCCUGAGACUAAUGGGUUGCCCAUCCCAGAGAUGGGGGUAAAAAAGAAAUAGAAAUUAAUACAAUUGUCCCAAGAGACUAGAUUGUUGUUACCACUGAGUUUGCUUGGUAUGCAUAAGUUCCCACAUCUAAGAGUCGAGUUAAGGGUUAGACCCACUCUUAAUACUAGGGUUACACUUCUUAACCAUUACAGUCUAAUAGAAUGUCUUCACUACUACCAAAGUCUGAAUAAAUGCGAACCCAUUUGUCAGUGAGCUUUCCCCUCCUGUGUUCUUACUACUUCCCCUACCUACUAUAAGAUCACAAGAGAAAUUCAAGCUGGGUGAAGUAGCACAGCCUUUAAUCCUAGCAAUUGGGAGACAAAGGCAGGCAGAAGAUUUCUAUGCGUCCAGCUGGCUUACAUAGUGAAUCCCAGGACAACCAAAGCUAUAUGGUGAAACAGGCCCUGGAGACUGGCUGGUGCCUGUUCUAACAUUAUCAGCUUGCAGUGCAGUAGAUUGUUUGCGAAGCAAAGCUGUUUUCCGUUUGGCUUUUUUUUUUUUUUUUUCUUUAAAUGUCUUCCAGGAUUAGCUAGUUCCUGGCAAACAACUCAGAUUCCAAACUUGCCAAGUGAAUGAAUGAAUGACCUAAUCCAGUCACUCCUCUUCAGUGCUUCCCAUCACAGCAGAGCUCCAAUCAGAUACAGUUUGGAAGACUCCAGGUUUCUACUGUAGGGUUCAGUUUUCCUCCUGAGUCCCUGGUUGUGCCAGGGUAUAUUGUAGAGUGGUUGCAUUCAGAAGGAGUGGGGGGGGGGAGGCCCCAAUGCCAUAGUUAAUCUAGGCUUGGGUUGGAAAACAAAGUUGAAGUUACUUAUUAGCAGGUUAAAGGGUCAAGGGUCGAGGAAGGGGGCUGGAGGCAGAGCGGACUGAGCAGCCAGCAGAGAACAGUUAAGGUAGAGGUCCCCAGAACUGCACAGCGCCAGGUCUCCUCCCAAGAUGUUCCACCAAGUCUGGGCAGCGCUGCUCUAUCUCUACGGCCUUCUCUUUAACUCCAUGAAUCAGUGCCCUGAGCACAGUCAACUAAUGACGCUGGGAAUGGACGACAAAGAGACCCCAGAGCCCCACCUGGGCCUGUGGUACUUUAUCGCUGGAGCGGCUCCCACCAUGGAAGAGUUGGCAACUUUUGACCAGGUGGACAAUAUUGUCUUCAACAUGGCCGCCGGCUCUGCCGCAAGGCAGCUCCAGCUUCGCGCUACCAUUCGCACGAAAAACAGGGUCUGCGUGCCCCGGAAAUGGACGUACCGCUUGACUGAAGGGAAAGGAAACACGGAACUCAGAACUGAAGGGCGCCCAGACAUGAAAACAGACCUCUUCUCCAUCUCAUGCCCAGGAGGAAUCAUGCUGAAAGAGACGGGGCAGGGGUACCAGCGUUUCCUCCUCUACAACCGAUCGCCACACCCUCCAGAGGAGUGUGUGGAGGAAUUCCAGUCUCUGACGUCCUGCUUGGACUUCAAAGCCUUCUUAGUGACUCCCAGGAAUCAAGAGGCCUGCCCGCUGUCCAGCAAGUGACCCGUGACUCCACCUGUGUCCUGGACAGGCACGAUAGGAGCUGAGCUCUGAGGGGAGAAGCCGGAGACUCCCGCUCCCUCUCAUGGAUAAUAAAGAUGAAUUGUCAAUCCUC